GCGCAGCGCAGUGCAAGCUGGGUCGGCGUAGCCAUGGCGGCUCGUGUCCUUUCCUCCUGUGUCCGCCGCCUGCCCCCGGCCUUGGCGUCGCUGCCCCGACUUCCGACGCUGGCCGCCGCCCGGCCGCUCAGCACCACGCUGCGCCCCGCGGAGACCCAGUCGAGGCCCAGGGCUCCGGGCUCGGCCCUCGCGCAGGUACCAGGCAGAGGUACACAGCUGUGCCGCCAGUAUAGUGACGCGCCCCCACUGACGCUAGAGGGGAUCAAGGACCGUGUUCUUUAUGUCUUGAAACUCUAUGACAAGAUUGACCCAGAAAAGCUCUCAGUAAAUUCCCAUUUUAUGAAAGACCUGGGCUUAGACAGUUUGGACCAAGUGGAGAUUAUCAUGGCCAUGGAGGACGAAUUUGGUUUUGAAAUUCCUGAUAUAGAUGCGGAGAAAUUGAUGUGUCCACAAGAAAUUGUAGAUUACAUUGCAGAUAAGAAGGAUGUAUAUGAAUAAAGUAUCAGACCCUUUUCUUCACCAAGAAGAGAGAGGCGAGCGUCUGGCCGAGAGAACCAGUUUUGGCAUCAUUGCUGACAUCGAUAGAGCAAUUCUGUUUAAACUUGUAUUUAAAUUGUCUAAGUUUUUGUGCCCUUUGAAAAUAAAUCUAUAAAACAA